AUGGACGUGGACGUAGACGUGGACGUGGACGUGGAUGUAGACGUGGACGUGGACAUGGACGUGGACGUGGACAUGGACGUGGACAUGGACGUAGACGUAGACGUGGACGUGGACAUGGACGUGGACGUGGACGUGGACGUGGACGUGGACAUGGACGUGGACGUAGACGUGGACGUGGACGUGGAUGUAGACGUGGACGUGGACUUGGACGUGGACGUGGACGUGGACGUGGACAUGGACGUAGACGUAGACGUGGACGUGGACAUGGACGUGGACGUGGACGUGGACGUGGACGUGGACGUGGACAUGGACGUGGACGUGGACAUGGACGUGGACGUGGACGUGGACGUGGACAUGGACGUGGACGUGGACGUGGACGUGGACGUGGACGUGGACAUGGACGUGGACUUGGACGUGGACGUGGACUUGGACGUGGACGAGACGUGGACACGUGGACGUGGACGUGGACUUGGACGUGGACGAGACGUGGACGUGGACGUGGACGUGGACGUGGACGUGGACAUGGACGUGGACGUGGACGUGGACGUGGACGUAGACGUGGACGUGGACGUGGACGUGGACGUGGACGUAGACGUGGACGUGGACGUGGACGUGGACGUGGACGUGGACGUGGACCUGGACAUGGACGUGGACGUGGACGUGGACGUGGACGUGGAAAUGGACGUGGACGUGGACGUGGACGUGGAGGUGGACGUGGACAUGGACAAGGACGUAGAAAUGGACGUGGCCGUGGACGUGCACAUGGACGUGGACAUGGACGUGGACAUGGACGUGGACGUGGACAUGGACGUGGACGUAGAAAUGGACGUGGACGUGGACGUGGACAUGGACGUGGACGUAGACGUGGACGUGGACGUGGACGUAGACGUGGACAUGGACGUGGACGUGGACGUGGACAUGGACGUGGACAUGGACGUGGACGUGGACGUGGACGUAGAAAUGGACGUGGACGUGGACGUGGACGUGGACAUGGACGUGGACGUAGACGUGGACGUGGACGUGGACGUGGACGUGGACGUGGACGUGGACGUAGAAAUGGACGUGGACGUGGACGUAGAAAUGGACCUGGACGUGGACGUGGACGUGGACGUGGACAUGGACGUGGACGUGGACGUGGACGUGGACAUGGACGUGGACUUGGACGUGGACGUGGACAUGGACGUGGACAUGGACGUGGACGUGGACGUGGACGUGGACAUGGACGUGGACGUGGACGUGGACGUGGACAUGGACGUGGACGUGGACGUGGACAUGGACGUGGACGUGGACGUGGACGUGGACGUGGACAUGGACGUGGACAUGGACGUGGACGUGGACGUGGACGUGGACAUGGACGUGGACGUGGACAUGGACGUGGACGUGGACGUGGACGUGGACGUAUACGUGGACAUGGACGUGGACAUGGACGUGGACUUGGACGUGGACGUGGACAUGGACGUGGACGUGGACAUGGACGUGGACGUGGACGUGGACGUGGACAUGGACGUGGACGUGGACGUGGACGUGGACAUGGACGUGGACGUGGACGUGGACAUGGACGUGGACGUGGACAUGGACGUGGACGUGGACGUGGAGGACAUGGACGUGGACGUGGACGUGGACGUGGACGUGGACGUGGAAAUGGACGUGGACGUGGACGUGGACGUCGACGUGGACGUGGACGUGGACGUGGACGUAGAAAUGGAGGUGGACGUGGACGUGGACCUGGAUGUUGACGUGGACGUGGACCUGGACGUUGACGUGCGCGUGGACGUGGACGUGGACGUGGAGGACGUGGACGUGGACGUGGACGUGGACAUGGACGUGGACGUGGACGUGGACGUGGACGACAUGGACGUGGACGUGGACGUGGACGUGGACGUGGACGUAGAAAUGGACGUGGACGUGGACGUGGACGUUGACGCGGACGUGGACGUGGACGUGGACGUCGACGUGGACGUGGACCUGGACGUUGACGUGGAUCUGGACGAGGACGUGGACGUGGACGUGGAGGACAUGGACGUGGACGUGGACGUGGACGUAGAAAUGGACGUGGACGUGGACGUGGACGUGGACGUGGACCUGGACCUGGACCUGGACGUUGACGUGCACGUGGACGUGGACAUGGACGUGGACGUGGAGGACAUGGACGUGGACGUGGACGUGGACGUUGACGUGGACGUGGACGUGGACGUGGACAUGGACGUGGACGUGGACGUGGACGUGGACGUGGACGUGGACCUCGACAUGGACGUGCACGUGGAGGUGGACCUGGACGUGGAUGUGGACGUGGACCUGGACGUUGACGUGCACGUGGACGUGGACCUAGACGUGGACGUGGACGUGGACGUGGACCUGGACGUGGACGUGGACGUGGAGGACAUGGACGUGGACGUGGACGUGGACGUGGACGAGGACGAGGACGUGGACGUGGACAUGGACGUGGACGUGGACGUGGACGAGGACGUGGACGAGGACGUGGACGUGGACGUGGACGUGGACGUUGACGUGGACGUGGACCUGGACCUGGACGUUGACGUGCACGUGGACGUGGACGUGGACGUGGAGGACAUGGACGUGGACGUGGACGUGGACGUUGACGUGGACGUGGACGUGGACGUGGACAUGGACGUGGACGUGGACGUGGACGUGGACGUGGACGUGGACAUGGACGUGGAACUGGACGUGGACGUGGACGUGGACGUGGACGUGGACGUGGACCUGGACCUGGACCUGGACGUUGACGUGCACGUGGACGUGGACGUGGACGUGGACGUGGACGUGGAGGACAUGGACGUGGACGUGGACGUUGACGUGGACGUGGACGUGGACGUGGACGAGGAGGAGGACAAGGACGUGGAAGUGAACGUGGACGUGGAUGUGGACGUGGACGUGGACGUGGACAUGGACGUACACGUGAACGUGGACGUGGACGUGGACAUGGACGUGGACGUGGACGUGGACGUGGACAUGGUCGUGGACGUGGACGUGGACGUGGACGUGGACAUGGACGUGGACGUGGACGUGGAGGUGGACGUGGACGUGGUCAUGGACGUGGACGUGGACGUGGACGUGGACGUGGACGUGGACGUGGACGUGGACGUGGACAUGGACGUGGACGUGGACGUGGACGUGGACGUGGACAUGGACGUGGACGUGGACGUAGACAUGGACAUGGUCGUGGACAUGGACAUGGACGUGGACAUGGACAUGGUCGUGGACAUGGACAUGGUCGUGGACGUGGACGUGGACAUGGACAUGGUCGUGGACAUGGACAUGGUCGUGGACAUGGACAUGGACGUGGACAUGGACGUGGACAUGGACAUGGUCGUGGACGUGGACGUGGACGUGGACAUGGACGUUGACGUGGACAUGGACGUGGUCAUGGACGUGGACGUGGACGUGGACAUAGACGUGGACGUUGACGUGGACAUAGAUGUGGACUUGGACAUAGAUGUGGUCGUGGUCGUUGACGUGGACGUGGACGUGGUCAUGGACGUGUAUAUGGACGUGGACGUGGAGGAUGUGGACGUGGAGGACGUGGAGGACGUGGACGUGGACGUGGAGGACGUGGACGUGGACGUGGACGUAGACGUGGUCGUGGACGUGGACGUUGACGUGGACGUGGACGUGGUCGUGGACGUGGAGGACUUGGACGUUGACAUGGACGUGGACGUGGACGUGGACGUGGACAUGGUCGUGGACGUGGAGGUGGACGUGGACAUGGACGUGGAUGUGGACGUGGACGUGGAAGUGGACAUGGACGUGGACAUGGAUGUGGACGUGGACGUGGACGUGGACGUGGACGUCGACGUGGAGCUUGCGUGGUCGAGGAGCGUGCCUGGUCCAUGGGCUUGCGUGAUCCAGGAGCUUGCCUGGUCCAGGAGCUUGCUUGGUCCAGAAGCUUGCCUGGUCCAGGAGCUUGCCUUGUCUAGGAGCUUGCCUGGUCCAGGAGCUUGCCUCGUCCAAGAGCUUGCGUGGUCGAGGAGCUUACCUGGUCCAGGAGCUUGCCUCGUCGAAGAGCUUGCCUUAUCAAGGAGCUUGCCUGGUCCAAGAGCUUUCCUGGUCCAGGAGCGUGCCUGA